CAGGUAACACGGAAAGUUUCUGCCGAAGUCGACUCUGAUGUGAUACACUUCACAUAGUUUCAUAGCUCCACGCUGACGGAUGAAAAAAUAGCAGCGUCGUCUAUAUGUUUGAGCGCGUAUCAUGUGACUGAUAUCGACGGGUGGGUUUCAGUGGGAAAGCUGACUGGACGCUUUUUACUGUGUCGUUUAGCCUGGUCUGGACUUGCUGCUUUUAUCUCUUCCUGUCAGGUUUUUAUCAUAGCACUGAAACAGCCCUUAUGCGUAAAAGUAGCAAAUGAUAUUCGGCCAAACAAUGACUCAGUCAUUGAACAGUGGCAAAACCACUGUUCUAAUGCUGUUGGGUCUCAGUGCAGCUUUCGACUCUGUUGACCACAUCAUAUUACUGCAUAGCCUUGAGCACUGUAUGGGACUUCAUGGCAUUGUCAUCAGCUGGCUAGGUCCUAUUUAGAGCAUAGAAGUUGUUAUGUGUCUAUUGGACUUAUUCAACACCUACGUCCUUAACCUGCGGAGUCCCUCAGGGUUGUCCCAGCUGUCACAGAACCUUCUUAAUCUGAACACUGACAAGACUGAAGUCAUAUUUUUGGGAAAAAAGGAGCAUAGAUUUAAGACUGCCACUCUACUGGGAACGAACGGUUUUAUCUUAGCCGACACCGUGAAAAAUCUUGGAGUAAUUAUUGACAGUGACCUAAGUUUCAGUAGCCACAUGAAGCUCAACGGUGAUGGAUCGGACAAGCAUCCCGAUUUCCACCAAAGCAUCUUUGAUGACCCUGACGUCGAGGAACCCAAUGGCAGAAGCGUGGCACCGGACGAGGACCUCCCGGAGAGUGGCCCGUCCCUGCGGUUCAGCAAGGCGUGCCUGAAGAGCGUGUUCACGGUGUUCCUGAUCUUCGUCUACCUGCUGCUGACCACGGUGGCCGUGUUCCUGGCCUACCAGACCAUCACCGACUUCCUGGAGAAGCUCAACCACCCCGUCAUGUCCGUCAUCUACAAGGAGGUGGACUUCUUUCCCCCCCCUGGCAUCGCUCUGUACCCGGGUAAAGCCCAGCUGCUGAGCUGCAAACACUACAACCACAACUACAUCCCCCCGCUAGUGGCUCCAGGAACCCCGGAGGUGGGGGACUGCACCAUGGAGCAGGUGUCCUACGUGGGCCCCUUCACCAAUCAAACCCAGCAAGCGCUGGUGGUGCAGGGGCCGUCGGACGUUCGAAACAAAGAGGUGAUCUUCAUGCAGUUCAGCCUGACGGACGCCGAGGAGGACUUCAGCGCCAUCACCUACAUGCUGUUCGCCAAGUUCGGGGACCUGGCUCUGAGCCCGGAUAAGCCGGCCUUCAUGAUGGACUGUGAGAAGAACUACUCUAUGUGGACCUUCUCGGGGGGGUUCCGCACCUGGGUGAAGAUGUCUCUGGUGAUGACCUCGGGGAAGAAGGACGACGCGGUGGAGUUCCGCCAGGAGUCGGGGGUGGUAAAGUACAACGACCGGCGCACCAACAUCACCGACGAGCUCUUCUUCGUGGUGUUCGAGUGGCGGGACCCCUUCAUUCAGGAGAUCAAACUGAUCGUGACGGCCAACCCGUGGAACUCGGUGGCCAUCUUGUGCGGCGUGUUCAUGGCGCUGUUCAAGGCGGCUAACUUUGCCAAGCUGAGCGUCUCUUGGAUGAUCCGCAUGAGGAAGAGGCACCUGAGGAACCGGGCCCGGGAGCUCAACAGUGUGACCUGAGGGUCGCCCGCAACACUAGAGAAAGAAUGCUCCUGAUUCUGAUGUUCACUUUGACACGCUGCAUCCAAACCGUAUCCCAUGUCGGGGGGCGCUAAAGGCUUUAGCCUUUAGCCCUUAGCAUUAGCAUUAGCCUUUACCUAAAGGCUAAAGGUAUUAGCAUUUAGCGCGAUGCUUUCACAAAUUGAUCUGGGUUUUUGGACAUACGUUGCAGGACCAAGUUUUGCUGCUGAACAGGGAGGUUGUUGACGUAGAAGUAAUCGAUACAGAACUAAUUGAUUCGGACCUUAUUGAUAGGUAACAUGCUAACAUGCGUUAAGUUCCUUAAGGGAUAUAUGGGACAUAUUACAUGAGUGCAACCAAACUCACUACAUUGGGUCACAUUUUCACUGUUUUCUCAUUCUGUAGAUAUUUCAUGGGUCUGAAGAGAACGGACAUAGAAGAAGGAACUGACAUUUUACUAGAUACAUACAAAUGCAGACGCAAGCAUUUUAAGAUGUACAAAUUGACCAGUUAUCAGUUUAGUCAAUGUGUUUUUAAAGGCCAAUACCAACUAAGGGAACAAUACUGAUUUCCGUUGACUUUUCCGCUGACUGCGGCAUUAAUGUAGGAAAAAGGAUGUUGUGCUUUUCUUUUUUGAAGUUGUGGCUGAUUUUGAAUGUGCACCAUAGAUCGUUUGCUGAGCUAAUUAGUGUUCACGUAACACUUUUCCAUUCCUUCUAUACUCAUGCUCUGAUGUGUUUAUAGUCAAUGUAUUCUUUUAGUUGAAUACUGAAAGUUUCCAGUAAUUAUUGUCCACUUCAUGUUACAGCGUGUGAAAUGUUUAAAUCAGUGAUUCUCAAUCAACUGGAAUGUACUUGAAUGGCCAUAAACCAUGUUAUAUUUUAAAUGUUUGAUUAUGUCAUAGAUAUAUAUAUAGAUUUUUACAAUGAUACAUAGAAUUGGAGGCACAAAAUAUACCAUAUUGGUGAAAGAAAUAAAAAAAUAUAUAUUGCUGUAUUGGGUCCGCUUGAAUUUCAUUUCAACUU